UUUAUGCAGCUGCAUGUGUCAAGCCAAACUGACCAGCAAUGGAGCCGUGGCCCACAGCGGCCUGGGUUGUACUGCUGAUCAUUGCCAUGGAACUGAAGAAGGGUGUCCACUCAAGGGACUUCACCGAGCAAGACAUCUUCUUCCUUCAUCCUUCAACCACCCCGUUUCCUGGUGGAUUCAAGUGCUUUACCUGUGAAGAUGCACAAGACAACUACCAGUGCAACCGCUGGGCACCAGAUGUGUACUGCCCACGUGAAGCCAGAUAUUGUUACACCCACCAUAUGAUGGAUGUGAAGGGGAAUAGUGUGUCUGUGAUAAAACGCUGCGUGGCUUUGGAGGACUGUCUUUCCACAGGAUGCACUGAGACAAAUCAGGAAGGAACCAAGGUGUGCACAGCCUGCUGUGAGGGGAAUAUAUGCAAUCUGCAGCUCCCGUGGAAUGAGACUGAUGCUGUUUUUACCACCAGCUCACCUCAUAGCAGCACAGAGGGCCUUUCACAAAGAUGCACUCUGGCUUUAUCUGUCAUUGUUUGCUCCUUCCACAUCUCCAGUGCUGUAUGAAAAGGGAAGAGUUCCCCAGAAGAGCUCAUGAAACCUGACACUGGGCAACGUUUUCUGGUUGGAUUCCACACCAACUUGAACAGUUGCUAAUUGAAACAUACAGUGCAUCCAGACAUUACUCAUA